GGGGCAGUAUCCUCUUGGCUUCUGAGAGCCCAGCUCCCUGGUCCCCAUGUCACACCUACUGUGCUGCCCCAGCUCUCACAGGGGUGGUUUUGUUGGGUGUGUCUACCAGCCUUUCAGCCGGGCACCCCCACCCGAUGUGACCUAGUUUGUUUCCUGGGAGACUCUUGGGUCUGUCCCACUUGGAGCUGAGUGUCUGCAGAUGUCCCUCAAGAGGCUCAGCCUCAGGUCCUGUGGGGCUCACCAGUGUGCAGAGUACCCUGAAAGUGCCAGGCCUGGCUGGGUGCUUCCCAUCUUCCCAGCACCUGAGAGGCAGCUGCCACUACCAUCCUUACAGAGGAGGAAGGGGAGGCUUUGUGAAGUGAGGUGACCCUUUAUGCAGAGAAGGGUUCUUGCUGAAAGGACUUGUCAUCCUGUGUCCUCCAGGGCCCUGCAGGUCACUAAGCAAAGAGGAAUUGGAGACACUGGCCAAGCCCCUCCCCUCAGUGGGCAGCCCACGCUUUGACUCUGCCCCAAUAGGGGCUGCCCUAUCAGUUGCCAAGGUCAUUUGAGAAGAUGGUGCCAAGGGUGGCUCCUCUGUCCAGGCAGCGUGGAGGGUGGCGGGAGUGUUUGUAGCCCACACCUGCCAUCCCCUCCCUCCUCUGCAUGGCCUACUUUCCAGGCGCCAUCGCAACCGAGGCUGUCUGUGUAAAUACCCAGAACUGUGGGAGCCCAGUCCCUCUGAAAGGUCAAGUAGGCACUCCCCGGAGGCCUGGGCUUGGGGACAGGGAUGGGGCCAUCCAGCAGUCUGGGCCACCAGAGAGGGGAGAAUGGGUCCUGCAGACCCCAGGGGUGGUGGGUGAGAUGAGGCGACGUGUCCUGAUUGGUUGCCCUGACCAAGUGAGAGCUGAAAUAAUUUGGAUUCAAGUCCCAGCCCUGCCACUUACUGGGUGGCCUUGAACAAGUGACUCAGCCUCUCUAGACCUCUUUUUCCUCCCGAGUGGCACAGUAACCUCCCUGAGGAGCAGUGAGGAUCAGAUGGGAUGGCACAGGUGAACCUGCUGGGCCCAGGGCUGGUGGGUCUUGCACGUGGAACCUGGAUUUGUGGGCUUUGUCUUAAUGGCACUGUUUGGUGUUCCUGUCCCAGCCACUUCUUGGGCAAGUGGUUCCUUUCUCCUAGCCUCAGUUUCCCAUAUACAGAGUGGACAUAAUGAUAUCUACCUCACAGAGGUGUUGUACUCCCUCAGUGGCAUCCUCUGUACCCUUCCCCCACAUCACGGAAUGAGUCUGUCCUCCCUAAGUACACAGUGGGAUUUGCCCGGGGUUGGCCACCACAUCAUGAGUAGGUGACGUGGUCCUUGCUUCUGGGUAGCAAUGUGAAGUUAGACGGAUCAAGGAGAAAUGCUGUGAGCCUCAGGAAGAGAAAGGAGAUAAAACCUGGGGAAGUCAGGGAGGGCUUCCUGAAGGUGUCUGGUCCUUAGAGUUCGGGAGGAUUUGGGGAAGCUGGGGGUAGAAGAGAGUGACAGAGAGCGUGUGUGGUUGGGAAUAAUGUGAACAAAGACCAGGCAGGAGGAGCAAGCCCGGGACAGGGUGUGAGCUGUCCGAGAGCUGCUGCUGACUGGGGGUCAGAGCCCUGAGAGGUCCCAGCCCUGGAGCCCUGGUGGGGGUGGAGGACCAGGAGUUGGGGGUGGGACCACUGUCUGCUGACUAAGGGCAGGGAGACAUCAAACAGCCGGGAUCCUAGCAUACAGCCCUACCUGGGGGCUGCAGGGAGGGGCGGGAUUUAGCAGAGGGUCUGUGGACAGGACUCCCCACACUCCAGGGCCUCAGGUGGCACUGUCAAGGAUCUGUAUGAAGCCUGGGAAGAGGCUGGUGGCUGCUGCCCAAACUGGCAGGACCCCACCUGUGGAGAUCAGCCUGUGGGCCGCCUUUGGCCAAAAUGUAGGAACCAGGGACUCUGGCUGCUUGAGGGCCAAGAGAGGGAGAUAUGGGAGGGAUCCGCAUGAGCUGAGAGGGCUGGGAGGCUCACCCUUGUAGAGCACCCACUGUGUGCCAGGCCCUGAGUCAGACUCCUCCCAACUUGGGUUUGUGUAAUUUGCACGACAGCCUGGAGAGGGAGCCAGCUCUUAAACUCAUUCUAAGGAGCUGGAAACCUGACUGGGAGAGGCAAACGACUGGCCUGCCCUGGCAGUGUUUCAAAUCAGAACUCUACACAUCAUGCUUUUUCAGUGGCCCCAUGCUACUCCCCAGGGCUGUGGUUUUUAGAGGUGAUGACCCCAGACUUCCCUGGGCAGGCUUGGAAGAGCUAUACCCAAGUACGGAGUCUUCCUUGGCUUUGCCUCUCUUAGGGAAGCUUGGAGAGGUUGAGGGUGUGACCCAAUGCCACACAGCGCUGGGGUCUGCAGUUCCUGGCUCCCUGAAGGGCGUGUACCAUGAUCCCUUCUCCCUGGGGUCUGGUGGCCCCAGCCAAGCCCUACCAGGUCUAGGAACCCAGGGGGCCUUCCCAAAUAUAAGACUACUCAUGCCUCUGAGCCACUGAGAGAGGCUUUAAAAUCUCAGCCCUAAAUUAAAGCCUAUGAGCUCCUCAAAACAAUGAAAAAUUUCCCUAAUAAAAGGAGAGGCACACUCAGGCAUGUCCUAAAUGAAUGGAGUGACUUCAGGGAUUAAUUCAGGAUGUAUGGGAGGGCGCCCAGCCGGGAAAAGUGCGCAGUGGAUAUUGUAACAAAUUGUUUGCUCACAAGAGGAAUAAUUCUUAAUGUGCACUGGCUGCAAGGGGAAGCUACCUUGGCUGCCUACAGCAUGAUCCCUCAUCAGCCGGGAGCUGGGCAGGGUCUCUGCUAAGGCAGCCUUACCUCUAAGCCUCUGGGCCUUCAGUGACAACCUUCCAACCUCACAAACUGGCCUGAGUGGGCCCUGAAUGUGUCCUUAGAGCCCCACAGCCUUCUGAGUUCUGCUCUCUCCUGCUGGCUCUGUGCCUUUGGCUAGGGCGGGGAAGGUGCUGGCUGGAGGGCAAUUCCUCCUCCUCUGCUAUGCAAACCAACUCUUCCUGUUGGGAUCUCCUGGAGACCCUGGCCUGCCAGUCCCCCCAACCUCAGACCACCCAAAGGAGGCUGCUAACAGACUGGCUCUCAGCAUGCCUCAGUGUACCUGUCCCAGGCUUGGGCAGCUGCCUCCUUCCCAGUUCCCUUGCCUCGGGGAUGAGUGGGGUGGGGGCAGCACCGUCCUCCCUGGCCAGCCCUCCCAGCUUCCUAGUGUCUCUGUGCCAAACCUGGGGGAAAGGCGAGGCAAAGUCAGUCUGUGCUCAGGAACAUAAAUGAACACCACUGAGGUGCAAACGGAGAAAGGCUUCCUGUAUCCCACCUCCCACUCUCGGCUGGAGUGGGUCCAGUACAGAGAGAAAAAAGCACUGGCUCCUGAGUCAGGCGAGCCUGGAUUUGGGUCUAGCUUCCCUGCUUUCUGACUCUGGGACUCCAGGCAACUCCCACAAUCUCUCCAGCUUCUUCCUCUGUAAGAGAUGGGAUUCGUUUUAGCAGCAGCAGCAGCUACUCAGUUUUGAGAUACAGUCUCAUCCAUCUACACAGCAGUCCUAGAAGUUGGGACCUGGGAUUAUCCCUAUUAAACGGACGAAGAGACCGGUCUCAGAGAGGUGAAGCUCUCUGCUUUCUUGUAGCUGCUUCAUGAAGUUGUUUAGAGAAAAGGGCCCUGCUUAUAGAUGCUCCUCCAUGAACGUCGGCCCCACCUGCUCCCUUUCCUGAGCGGAAGAGGUGCUGAGGCCCUACCAAGGUGUCCCACUGAGGAGGCCCUGAUCUUGAGCCUGGAGCCCUGAGACCUGAGCCAAUGCUUGAGGAUCUUAUGACCAUGACCUGGCUACCUUGAGUCUGCGGGGCUACACAGCCUUCAGCCUGCAUCUCCAGGGCUCCGACUCUAUCCAGCUCCUGGACCAGCUCCCAAGUCUACUCCUGACCACAGUCUGGGCCAAGGGGACUCCUCAAGCUUUGGGACCCAGCGGGACACAGCAGCAGUCAGGUGCAUGCUGGGACCGCGACGGACAGGCUGCUGCACCCCAGGCCCCCAGAGGCCAGUCUGUUUGCCUCCCGACGCCAUCUGACCCAGGUGAGCGAGAGGAUGCUGGCGGGGGGCGUGAGGAGCAUGCCCAGCCCCCUCCUGGCCUGCUGGCAGCCCAUCCUCCUGCUGGUGCUGGGCUCAGUGCUGUCAGGCUCGGCCACGGGCUGCCCUCCCCGCUGCGAGUGCUCCGCCCAGGACCGGGCUGUGCUCUGCCACCGCAAGCGCUUUGUGGCAGUGCCUGAGGGCAUCCCCACCGAGACGCGCCUGCUGGACCUGGGGAAGAACCGCAUCAAAACGCUCAACCAGGACGAGUUCGCCAGCUUCCCGCACCUGGAGGAGCUGGAGCUCAACGAGAACAUCGUGAGCGCCGUGGAGCCUGGCGCCUUCAACAACCUUUUCAACCUCCGGACGCUGGGUCUCCGCAGCAACCGCCUGAAGCUCAUCCCGCUGGGCGUCUUCACUGGCCUCAGCAACUUGACCAAGCUGGACAUCAGCGAGAACAAGAUCGUUAUCCUGCUGGACUACAUGUUCCAGGACCUGUACAACCUCAAGUCACUGGAGGUUGGCGACAAUGACCUCGUCUACAUCUCCCACCGCGCCUUCAGCGGCCUCAACAGCCUGGAGCAGCUGACGCUGGAGAAAUGCAACCUGACCUCCAUCCCCACCGAGGCGCUGUCCCACCUGCACGGCCUCAUCGUCCUGAGGCUCCGGCACCUCAACAUCAAUGCCAUCCGGGACUACUCCUUCAAGAGGUUGUACCGACUCAAGAUCUUGGAGAUCUCCCACUGGCCCUACUUGGACACCAUGACACCCAACUGCCUCUACGGCCUCAACCUGACGUCCCUGUCCAUCACACACUGCAAUCUGACCGCUGUGCCCUACCUGGCCGUCCGCCACCUGGUCUAUCUCCGCUUCCUCAACCUCUCCUACAACCCCAUCAGCACCAUUGAGGGCUCCAUGUUGCAUGAGCUGCUCCGGCUGCAGGAGAUCCAGCUGGUGGGUGGGCAGCUGGCCAUGGUGGAGCCCUAUGCCUUCCGCGGCCUCAACUACCUGCGCGUGCUCAAUGUCUCUGGCAACCAGCUGACCACGCUGGAAGAAUCGGUCUUCCACUCGGUGGGCAACCUGGAGACGCUCAUCCUGGACUCCAACCCACUGGCCUGCGACUGUCGACUCCUGUGGGUGUUCCGGCGCCGCUGGCGGCUCAACUUCAACCGGCAGCAGCCCACGUGCGCCACGCCCGAGUUCGUCCAGGGCAAGGAGUUCAAGGACUUCCCUGAUGUGCUACUGCCCAACUACUUCACCUGCCGCCGCGCCCGCAUCCGGGAUCGCAAGGCCCAGCAGGUGUUUGUGGAUGAGGGCCACACGGUGCAGUUUGUGUGCCGGGCCGAUGGCGACCCGCCGCCUGCCAUCCUCUGGCUCUCACCCCGAAAGCACCUGGUCUCAGCCAAGAGCAAUGGGCGGCUCACAGUCUUCCCUGAUGGCACGCUGGAGGUGCGCUACGCCCAGGUACAGGACAAUGGCACGUACCUGUGCAUCGCGGCCAAUGCAGGCGGCAACGACUCCAUGCCCGCCCACCUGCAUGUGCGCAGCUACUCGCCCGACUGGCCCCAUCAGCCCAACAAGACCUUCGCCUUCAUCUCCAACCAGCCGGGCGAGGGAGAGGCCAACAGCACCCGAGCCACUGUGCCUUUCCCCUUCGACAUCAAGACCCUCAUCAUCGCCACCACCAUGGGCUUCAUCUCUUUCCUGGGCGUCGUCCUCUUCUGCCUGGUGCUGCUCUUUCUCUGGAGCCGGGGCAAGGGCAACACGAAGCACAACAUCGAGAUCGAGUAUGUCCCCCGAAAGUCGGACGCAGGCAUCAGCUCCGCCGACGCGCCCCGCAAGUUCAACAUGAAGAUGAUAUGAGGCCAGGGCGGGGGGCAGGGACCCCCAAGCGGCCGGGCACGGGAAGGGGCCUGGCCGCCACCUGCUCACUCUCUAGUCCUUCCCACCUCCUCCCUACCCUUCUACACACGUUCUCUUUCUCCCUCCCGCCUCCGUCCCCUGCUGCCCCCCGCCAGCCCUCACCACCUGCCCUCCUUCUACCAGGACCUCAGAAGCCCAGGCCUGGGGACCCCACCUGCACAGGGGCAUUGACAGACUGGAGUUGAAAGCCGAUGAACCGACACGCGGCAGAGUCAAUAAUUCAAUAAAAAAGUUACGAACUUUCUCUGUAACUUGGGUUUCAAUAAUUAUGGAUUUUUAUGAAAACUUGAAAUAAUAAAAAGAGAAAAAAACUAUUUCCUAUAGCUAGUCGGAAUGCAAACUUUUGACGUCCUGAUUGAUCCAGGGCCCUCUUCCAACUCAGUUUCUUGUUUUUCUCUUCCUCCUCCUCCUCUUCUUCCUCCUUUCUCUUCUCUUCCCCUGUGGGGAGGGAUCACUCAGGAAAACAGGAAAGGAGGUUCCAGCCCCACCCACCUGCCCACCCCGCCCCAGGCGCCAUCAGGAGCGGGCUAGGGGGCAGGCCUGGGCCCAGCUCCGGGCUGGCUUUUUGCAGGGAGCGGGUGGAGGGGACAGGUCUGCCGAUGGGGGUGGGAGCCUGUCUGCUGGGCUGCCAGGCAGCACUACUGCCAGGGGUGGGAGCCUGGCUUGGGUGUGGCUGAGACUCUGGACAGGGGCUGGGGUCCUCCUGGGGGACAGCACAGUUAGUGCAGAGAGCCAGGGGCUGGAGGUGGGGCUGACCCCAGCCUCUGGUCCCAGCUCUGCUGCUCACUUGCUGUGUGGCCUCAAGCAGGUCACUGGCCUCUCUGGGCCUCAGUCUCCACAUCUGUAUAAAUGGGAACAUUACCCCUUGCCCUGCCUACCUCACAGGGCUGUUGUGAGGAAUUGAUGAGAUGAUGUAUGUGAAACACUUUGUAACCUGUAAAGCGCUGUGCACAUGUGUGGGUGACUGU